GCUGGUGGGGGCUCGCGUUGCGGGGCUCGAGCCGAGCGGUUGGUUGGUCGAUGGGGAAACAACAACAAGCUAGGCAUCAUGAGGGUCCCCAAAACACUGAUUUGGGCUGCUUUUCUCAUCCAGAAGGUGGUGGGAGAGUACGGCAUGGCCCAUUUCAGUGACAAGGGCAAGAGCAAAGGAAAGGAUUACUGCAUAUUCUUCAACUCAGAGUGGGCACAUCUACCUCAGGACCUCAAUAAGGCAUCACGUCACCAGAUCUAUGACUUAACACCAUCAGUCCUGUGCUCGGCCUCUGAGGUCCCAGAGGGAGGCUUCCCAAAUCACAUCCCCAUGGUGAUGAGGGGCAACUGCACUUUCUAUGAAAAGGUUCGCCUGGCCCAGACUAAUGGUGCCAAGGGCCUGCUCAUUGUCAGCAAGGACAGACUGACACCCCCUGCAGGAAACAAAACUCAGUAUGAGGAGAUUUCCAUUCCUGUAGCGCUUCUCAGCUACUCUGAUAUGCUGGACAUUAGCAAGACCUUUGGUAAAGGACGACUGGUUGCAAUGUAUGCACCCAAGGAGCCAGUGGUGGACUAUAACAUGGUGAUCAUCUUCUUGAUGGCUGUAGGGACAGUGGCCAUUGGAGGCUACUGGGCUGGCAGCAGAGACAGCAAGAAACGUUACAUGAAGCACAAGCGGGAUGACGGUGCCGAGAAGCAAGAUGAGGAGACAGUAGACGUCACUCCUAUAAUGAUCUGUGUGUUCGUGGUCAUGUGCUGCAACAUGCUGGUGCUACUCUAUUUUUUCUACGACCGCCUGGCCAUUUGGGUCAUUGCGAUCUUCUGUGUGGCUUCCUCUGUGGGACUCUACAGCUGUCUGUGGCCUUUUGUUAGGAGACUUCCUUUCUGCAAGUGCAGAAUCCCAGAGAACAACCUGCCAUACCUACACAAGCGUCCACAGAUUCGUAUGUUGCUGCUGUCGGCUCUCUGCAUUAGUGUCAGCAUCAUCUGGAUGGUGUUUCGCAAUGAAGACCAGUGGGCGUGGGUGUUACAGGACACCCUGGGGAUCGCCUUCUGUCUCUACAUGCUCAAAACAGUGAGGCUGCCCACAUUUAAGGCUUGCACUUUACUACUGACAGUCCUGUUUGUCUACGAUGUUUUCUUCGUAUUUAUUACACCGUUCUUUACAAAGAGUGGGGAAAGUAUAAUGGUGGAGGUAGCUGCUGGUCCCUCUGACUCCGCCACACAUGAAAAGCUUCCUAUGGUGCUCAAAGUGCCACGGUUGAACUCGUCUCCUCUGGCCCUGUGUGAUCGGCCCUUCUCCCUCCUGGGCUUUGGAGAUAUCUUAGUACCAGGUCUACUGGUAGUAUACUGUCACAGAUUUGACAUUUUAACACAAUCCUCCAGGAUCUACUUUGUGGCCUGUACUAUUGCUUACGGCAUCGGCCUGCUGAUCACCUUCGUGGCCCUAGCUGUGAUGCAGAUGGGCCAGCCGGCCUUGCUCUACCUGGUGCCUUGCACUCUGCUCACCAGCCUCACUGUAGCGCUGUGGCGUAGGGAGUUGCCCCAGUUCUGGACUGGAAGUGGAUUUGUGCCUCCCAUAGUGCUCGCACCAAUCAACUGUACACAAACUGCAGCGCCGCAGACAGAGGGGCCCUCGGCUAAACUGGAGCCACAAACCACAGAAGCCACCAAUCAGAGCGAAGACUCGCCCCAGCAGCCGUCUCAGGAAACGUCCCCGGUAGUAGAAAAAGACGAAGAGGAAAACAAGUCUAACUGAAAUGACUUCUAGUACGGCAUUUACUAUUUCACUUCAUGUUUUUUGUUAAAUUUUUUUUCUACAGUGUGUCUCAGUCAAUGGACAUUUUAAGUAUGAACGUUUAUUUGCACUUGGUGUGAAGGGAUGAACAGACUAGAGCAGCUCUGUGUUUUCUGAAUGGCUGGCUAAGCGUGGCACCGGGAUCAGACACACAAGGCCCAGGGACUGAAACUGACAAACAUAACAUGUAUCAAAACUGCACAGCAGCCCCAGCAUCUCGUUCUACUAACACACAGUUUGCACCACCUGAAAAGGGAAUGAAAAGCCAAAGCUACAGACUGAUAAAACACAUUUUUUUUCAUUGUACUCUGAACAGCCCUAAGAGGCUCAGUCACACCAGCAUUUUUAUGGUGAAGUUUAGCAGCAAAUUAUUUUUCAUUUCAGAGGAAUUGUCAUGACUGGAUACACCUACAGGUAAUCCACAGUGACUUUAAAAAAAAAAAACUCUCCAUGAACUUAAUCAUAGUGUUGAUCCAUCCACCUCUAUUUAAACUUCAUUGAUGGAGUAUAAAAUACUUUACAAAAGAGAAAAUAUUUGCACUUAUGUGGCGCUGCAGCAGUUAGCCACUGGACAGAAAACUAACCCCCCCAACCCCAAGCAGUUUCUUGGUUCAUUUUUCAUCACUGCAGGCUUGGUUUUCACUACAAUAGAAAGUCCUCCACCUCUAUGGAAACAGCACAACCCUGGCUAGAAACAGAGAGAACUCAAAUGUUUUUUCUGCAGUGUAGCAGUUAAAAUUAAUUUCAUAGAUUUACUGUAUAAAAUUUUCAAAAACCUGGAAUUGAGAUAUGAAACAUUUUUCCACUACAGUGAUGAAAUCAGGACUUUAAGCUUAGAGUUGUUGAAGUUUUUCAAAGUAACAGCCUGUCACAGAAGAGUAGCUCAAAAAGUUUAAAAUCUGAUGAUUCUGUUUCUCAUUUUUUGGUUGUCCUGAAACCCCAUUUAAAGGAGCUAGCAGGUGUUAGGGUUCAGAGAGUUAAUCAGCAUCGUUAAAGAAAAAAAACAGCAAUUUGCUGGUUCCAGCUUCUCAGUUGUGAGGAUUUAAAGCUUUUCAGUGUCAUACAUAAAAGAAAUUGAAAAUAUUUUGGUUAUGAAUUGGUUAUUAGACAAAAGAAGGCCAUAAUGGGAAUAGUCAAUAUUAUCGGUCACAAAACCAAAAAUUUCAGUGUGCUGCUUUCUGGUGUGACUGAGCUUUAAAGGUCCCAGUAAGUCAUCUUGUGGAAAUUAUCAUAGUUGCCAGUUUGUUUUACAAAAGUUAAAGUUGGUGGAUGUGGCUUCAUCAAUUUUGAAGCUUUCAAACAUUUAAUUUGAAGCAUAUUAAGACCCUAAUUCCCCAAAAGCCAUUUUAAUCAUCUAAAUUCCUCCAACACAUUAUAAACUGCACCAGUGCCAGAAUAUAUAGUUGCUGGCUGAAGAGUUUCAAACCCUUUAAAAUGUGGCGCUAUCACGGUUGUUGACUGAGCCUGACAUAGCCAUUGAUUUUUUUUAAAAAUUCGAAGCAUCUGAUCUUAUCAUAAUUUUGUUACAUUUUGUUUUGCAUGCUAUGAUUUUGAUUUUACCCUUUAUAUAAAACUAUUGUAUAUUCCAUAGUGCAGACUUUGUAUACAUUAUUGAUGGCACUUGCCACCUCAGUUUUGUUCCCCCAGUAGUUACUAAUAUUGUCUUAAGAAUGGGUUUUGGCCUUAAUGUGUCCAUGUCGGGAGGUACAGUGGAAUGUGUCAUGUGUAAAACUUGAGUACUGUACUCAAAAUGUGCUGCAGUUUAAUGUGUAAACGAAGGAGCAAGUGACCAGUUGUGUUACCAAUGUUCUUAGAGUUUGUACAAAGCAUUUGCACAAUAUUUUGUAAUCCGUGGACUGACAAAUUGUCGGCUCAUGUAUGUAUGUUUAUGUAUAUUCAGAAGGGUUUACAGAAAUGGAACCUAAGUUAAUAAUUGGUAUAUUCAGUAUUCAUUCUGCUUUUGUUUUGCAAGGCUAUUUCUGAGCUGAGGGCGUCCUGUUAAAUACUAAAACCCAGCAGCCACUUUAUUCUGUACACCAGUAUAGGCAUACUUUUGAUACUUGUUCAUUUAUGGUGCCAUCAACAGAUUUCUGUCAAAAAGUUGAGCUUAGGGUAAAAAUGAUUUGGUCAAAAGAAAUAAGAGCAGCUUAGAUGUCUGAAUGUGUGCCCUCGGUGAUUCAACAGCAGCGGGACAUGAGAUUAUUCAUUCACCAGUAUAGUUUGUUGUCACCAAGUGGUUUUUAAUGCCUCUGUUGAGGAAUACAUAUAAUAAAGAAACAUUGUAUUUGA